CUUGUGUGAUUGUGAGAGCUGGGGGUAUCCGGCCGGCGGGUUUUUGCGUUGGGGGGCGGGGGGUUGGAAAGCCACAGCCCCGUCUUAGGCGUGUGCGUCGGGUUCGCCGCUGCUUGGAGCGGUCCUUUCUUCGCCACUGGGGCGGAGGGAGAGUGCUGCCAUGGCGACCCCUGCUCAGCCCAAGAAAAUCGUGGCCCCUACGGUGUCCCAGAUCAACGCGGAGUUCGUGACCCAGUUAGCAUGUAAAUACUGGGCUCCUCAUAUCAAGAAAAAAUCACCUUUUGAUAUAAAGGUUAUUGAAGAUAUAUAUGAGAAAGAAAUUGUCAAAUCAAGGUUUGCCAUCAGAAAAAUAAUGCUCUUGGAAUUUAGCCAGUAUCUUGAAAAUUACCUCUGGAUGAAUUAUUCUCCAGAGGUGUCCAGCAAGGCCUAUUUAAUGUCAAUCUGCUGUAUGGUGAAUGAGAAAUUCAGAGAAAAUGUCCCUGCAUGGGAGACGUUUAAGAAGAAGCCAGACCACUUCCCAUUCUUUUUUAAGUGCAUCUUAAAAGCGGCAUUAGCUGAAACCGAUGGUGAAUUUUCACUCCAUGAACAGACGGUCUUAUUGCUUUUUCUUGAUCAUUGCUUCAAUAGUUUGGAAGUAGACUUGAUACGGAGUCAAGUACAGCAGCUUAUCUCCCUCCCAAUGUGGAUGGGCUUACAGCCUGCACGGUUGGAGUUAGAAUUAAAAAAGACACCUAAGCUAAGAAAAUUCUGGAACUUAAUUAAAAAGAAUGAUGAAAAGAUGGAUCCAGAAGCAAGAGAGCAAGCCUAUCAAGAACGAAGAUUUCUUUCACAACUCAUCCAGAAGUUUAUCUCUGUGCUGAAAUCAGUCCCGCUUUCUGAACCUGUCACUAUGGACAAAGUUCAUUACUGUGAAAGAUUCAUUGAACUUAUGAUUGAUCUAGAGGCCCUGCUCCCCACAAGGCGCUGGUUUAAUACCAUCCUGGAUGACUCCCACCUUUUGGUUCACUGUUACCUUUCCAAUCUUGUUCAUAGGGAAGAGGAUGGCCAUCUUUUUUCCCAGCUUUUGGACAUGCUUAAGUUCUAUACUGGUUUUGAGAUUAAUGACCAGACUGGAAAUGCUCUGACAGAGAACGAGAUGACUACAAUUCACUAUGAUAGAAUUACUUCUCUACAGAGAGCUGCUUUUGCACAUUUCCCUGAACUCUAUGAUUUUGCCCUCUCAAAUGUGGCAGAAGUAGAUACUCGGGAAUCCUUGAUCAAGUUUUUUGGACCUCUUAGUUCAAAUACACUCCACCAGGUGGCGUCAUACCUCUGCUUGUUACCAACUCUUCCUAAAACUGAAGACACAACUUUUGAUAAAGAAUUCCUUCUGGAAUUGCUGGUAUCUCGUCACGAACGUCGAAUUUCUCAGAUUCAGCAGUUGAACCAGAUGCCUUUGUAUCCAACUGAGAAAAUCAUAUGGGAUGAAAAUAUUGUCCCAACUGAGUACUAUUCUGGAGAAGGUUGUCUUGCGCUUCCCAAGUUGAAUUUGCAGUUUUUGACUCUUCAUGAUUACCUCCUAAGGAACUUUAAUCUCUUCCGCUUAGAAUCAACUUAUGAAAUUAGGCAGGACAUCGAGGAUAGUGUCAGCAGAAUGAAGCCAUGGCAGUCUGAGUAUGGUGGUGUAGUAUUUGGUGGUUGGGCACGAAUGGCUCAGCCCAUUGUGGCUUUCACUGUAGUUGAGGUUGCCAAACCCAACAUAGGUGAAAACUGGCCGACCCGAGUUCGUGCAGAUGUUACCAUCAAUCUGAAUGUCCGCGAUCACAUCAAAGAUGAAUGGGAAGGACUUCGUAAGCAUGAUGUAUGCUUUUUAAUUACCGUGCGUCCCACGAAACCUUAUGGUACCAAGUUUGACCGGAGGAGACCUUUUAUUGAACAGGUUGGCCUGGUUUAUGUCAGAGGCUGUGAAAUCCAGGGCAUGCUGGAUGAUAAAGGGCGUGUCAUUGAAGACGGACCUGAACCAAGACCCAAUCUUAGAGGGGAGUCAAGGACAUUUAGAGUGUUUUUGGAUCCAAACCAGUAUCAACAAGAUAUGACCAAUACUAUACAAAAUGGAGCAGAAGAUGUGUAUGAAACUUUCAAUAUAAUAAUGAGGAGAAAACCAAAGGAAAAUAACUUUAAGGCUGUGCUGGAGACUAUUCGGAACCUGAUGAAUACUGAUUGUGUGGUACCUGACUGGCUGCAUGACAUCAUUUUAGGUUAUGGGGACCCAAGUAGUGCACAUUAUUCAAAAAUGCCCAAUCAGAUUUCCACCCUUGAUUUCAAUGAUACCUUUCUCUCCAUUGAGCAUUUAAAAACCAGCUUUCCUGGUCAUAAUGUUAAAGUAACUGUGGAUGACCCAGCUCUGCAGAUACCCCCUUUCAGGAUAACUUUUCCAGUAAGAAGUGGAAAAGGAAAGAAAAGGAAAGAUGCAGACGGGGAAGAUGAAGACACUGAAGAGGCAAAAACCUUAAUCGUUGAACCUCAUGUUAUUCCUAAUAGAGGUCCUUAUCCUUACAACCAACCCAAACGUAAUACAAUUCAGUUCACUCAUACACAGAUAGAGGCCAUCCGUGCUGGAAUGCAGCCUGGGCUAACUAUGGUUGUGGGCCCACCAGGUACAGGAAAAACAGAUGUGGCAGUCCAAAUUAUAUCCAACAUCUACCACAAUUUUCCAGAGCAGAGGACUCUGAUUGUUACUCAUUCCAAUCAGGCCCUGAACCAGUUGUUUGAGAAAAUCAUGGCUCUAGACAUUGAUGAGCGCCACCUCCUGCGUCUUGGUCAUGGAGAAGAAGAGCUUGAGACAGAGAAAGAUUUCAGCAGGUAUGGAAGAGUUAAUUAUGUCCUGGCUCGAAGAAUAGAGCUUUUAGAAGAAGUCAAACGAUUGCAAAAGAGUCUGGGGGUUCCAGGAGAUGCUUCAUAUACUUGUGAAACUGCAGGCUAUUUCUUCUUAUAUCAGGUAAUGUCUCGUUGGGAAGAGUAUAUCAGCAAAGUGAAAAAUAAAAGUAAUACAUUGCCAGAUGUUACGGAAGUCUCCACUUUCUUCCCUUUUCAUGAAUACUUUGCAAAUGCCCCUCAACCCAUUUUUAAAGGCCGAUCUUAUGAAGAAGACAUGGAAAUUGCUGAAGGAUGUUUCAGGCAUAUUAAGAAAAUCUUUACUCAGCUUGAGGAAUUCAGAGCCUCUGAACUACUUCGAAGUGGACUGGACAGAUCUAAAUACCUUUUGGUGAAAGAAGCCAAAAUCAUUGCUAUGACCUGUACUCAUGCUGCCUUAAAACGACAUGAUUUAGUCAAGUUAGGUUUCAAGUAUGACAACAUUUUAAUGGAAGAGGCUGCUCAGAUUCUGGAGAUAGAAACUUUUAUACCUCUUCUUCUACAGAAUCCUCAGGAUGGUUUUAGCCGACUGAAACGAUGGAUUAUGAUUGGUGAUCAUCACCAGUUACCUCCAGUCAUUAAGAACAUGGCCUUUCAGAAGUAUUCAAACAUGGAGCAGUCUCUCUUCACUCGCUUUGUCCGAGUUGGAGUUCCUACUGUGGAUCUUGAUGCCCAAGGGAGAGCCAGAGCAAGCUUGUGCAACCUCUACAACUGGCGAUACAAGAAUCUAGGGAACCUACCCCACGUGCAGCUCUUGCCGGAGUUCAGUACCGCAAAUGCUGGCUUGCUCUACGACUUCCAGCUCAUUAAUGUUGAAGAUUUUCAGGGAGUGGGAGAAUCUGAACCUAAUCCUUACUUUUAUCAGAACCUUGGAGAGGCAGAAUAUGUAGUGGCACUUUUUAUGUACAUGUGUUUACUUGGUUACCCUGCUGACAAGAUCAGUAUUCUAACAACAUAUAAUGGGCAAAAGCAUCUUAUUCGUGACAUCAUCAAUAGACGAUGUGGGAGCAAUCCAUUGAUUGGAAGACCAAAUAAGGUAACAACCGUUGACAGAUUUCAAGGUCAACAGAAUGAUUAUAUUCUUCUUUCUCUAGUACGAACCAGGGCAGUGGGCCAUCUGAGGGAUGUCCGUCGCUUGGUGGUCGCCAUGUCUAGAGCCAGACUUGGACUUUAUAUCUUCGCCAGAGUAUCUCUCUUCCAAAACUGUUUUGAACUAACACCAGCUUUCAGCCAGCUCACGGCCCGCCCACUUCAUUUGCAUAUCAUUCCAACAGAGCCUUUCCCGACCAGUAGAAAGAAUGGAGAGAGACCAUCUCAUGAAGUACAGAUAAUAAAGAAUAUGCCUCAGAUGGCAAACUUUGUGUACAACAUGUACAUGCACUUGAUACAGACUACACAUCAUUAUCAUCAGACUCUAUUACAGCUACCACCUGCUAUGGUAGAAGAAGGUGAGGAAAUUCAAAGUCAGGAAACAGAAUUGGAAACAGAAGAGGAGGCCAUGCCUGUUCAAACUGACGUACCCAGUCUAACAGAUGCUGGCUCUAGUCAGGAAGCCUCAGCCUCUCAGACUGAGACCACCCCAAGUCAGACUGAGACCACGCCUGAUCAGACAGGAGCUGGUUCCAAUCCAGAAACCCUCUCUCCUCCUUCCGAGUGCACUGCCACUAUGGUGGGCCCUGAGGCUGUGGCCGCGGAGGCGGACACCCCUCAAGAUACCACGUCUGCUGCAGAGAAGACCAAGUAGCCAAUCUGUAGGCUUUCUUAGGGAGGACAUUUCAUUCAUAAAGUCUACGUAAAGUUGCUUUUUGUAUUUUAUAUUUGCUUCUGCCAUUUUAAAGGUACUAAUUAAUGUUCAGUCCUUAUUUUUCUUAACUAAUUUCAAUGUUUGUCUUCUUGGAUAUAUUAAAAAAAAUUGUGUAUAAACAA